GGCCCACGAAGAAGACGCCGCGGUUGAACCUCGUGAAGCGGGAGUUGACAGCUCGCAAACAUGAACUGGGGUCAGAGUGAGCUACCGUCUCCUGUGGUGCGAGAUGACGAGGUGACGGUCGCUGCCCGCAGGAGAAGAAAGAAGGUGGCCUUCCCGUCACCCGGCGGAGGCAGCCCCGUCUUUUCCGCGGUAACACCAGCCCGCUCCCUGCGGAACACUCCUGCUUCCCUGUUCAGACAGACUGUAACUCCCAGGGUUCCAGAUGUUUCCUCCAUUUUGGCUCCAGGGGGUCGAACUCCUCGAUACACACACACGCCCAGAAACACACUCGGCAGUCAGAAUCUGGAUGACAGUGACUGGACCCACAGCAUGUUCACGUCCCCUCUUACCGGUCUGGAGAACACCAGCUUUUUCACAGAGGACUUCGGCAACCUCAGCUCAGCCCUGCUAAAGGAGGACGACCCAGGAGAAGCCGCGGCUGCCAGUCUUUUCCCAGAGUUCUUUGCAUCUUUCCUGAAACACUCUUCCUCUGCAGUGUUUGAGCUGUUGGAGGAUUAUCAGACACUCUGCCAGGAGAAAGUGGACGUGCUGCAGUCCGUGGUCCUCAGAGCAGGUCAGAACAGUAAAACAGCAGGAGUCCGCUGGCUGCUGCUGCAGGAGAGCAGCUCCUGGAGACUCAUCACCUCACUCUACAGGGAUCGGGUCCAGUUGGCUCUGGAAAAUGACAUCACCAUGUCGGACACUGUUCCAAGUGAGAGUGAGAAGGUUGUGGUGGAGCAGCUCUUUCAGCGAGAUGCUGUUAUUCGACAGAGUCAGCUGGUUGUCGAUUGGCUCGAGUGCAUUGCCAAGGAUCAGAUCGGAGAUUUUUCUGAUAAUAUAGAAUAUUAUGCCAAAAAUGUCUGCUGGGAGAACACUCUUCAUGCGCUGAAGAUGAGGAGGAAGAGCGGCGCUGCCUUCACGGUUCCUCUGGUCACUGAGCUGGACCCAGACGCUCCUCUCCGGCAGCAGCGCCCCCUGGCUGAUCUGGACAGAGAGGACGACGCCCGGCUGCUGAAGAAUCUGUUCACCCUGAUCAGAGCGGGGAUGACGGAGGAGGCUCAGAGGCUGUGUAAACGCUGUGGUCAGGCCUGGAGAGCAGCAACUCUGGAAGGAUGGAAACUUUACCACGAUCCCAACAUGACCUCAGGCGGUAUCGAGCUGCAGCCCGUGGAAGGAAACCCUCAGAGAGGAAUCUGGAAGGCCUGCUGUUGGAGAAUGGCUGAGGAGGAGCAGUUAAACAGAUAUGAGAGAGCGAUCUACGCCAGCCUGAGUGGAAACCUCAAACCGCUCCUGGCAGUGUGUGAGUCAUGGGAGGACUGCGUGUGGGCGUACUUCAGGGUGAUGGUUGACUCGCUGGUGGAAAAGGAUCUGAUGUCAUCGGGUAUGGCCCACCAGGAAGUGGAGUCACUGCCGCGAGAAUACCUGGAGGCGAACUGGACAAUGGAAAAGGUGUUUGAGGAGCUUCAAGCCUCCGAAUCGAAGCGGGUGUUGGAGGAGACGGGAGAGCAUUACCACGUCAUCCAGAAGUUUGCUAUCCUGGGAGACCUGGACGGUCUGUUGGAGGAGUUUUCUGAUUGGCUGAAGUCCUCUAGGCCCCUCCCCUCCCACCUGCUGCGGUUCAUGUCUCACCUCCUGCUGUUUUUCCGCUCUCUUGGUUUGGCACUGAAGGAGGAGCUGUGUGUGGACGUGUUGAAGGCGUACGUUUCACUUCUGAUUCAGGAUCAGCAGAACGACCUUGUGGCGAGUUACGUCGGCCAGCUCCCGGCCGAGCUCGGCACAGUUCACUACGCCGCCUUCUUGGAGACCGUCACCCAGGCGGAGCUCCGCCCACGCUGUCUGGAGCUCGCCACUGAAGCAGGCCUGGACGUCGCUGCGAUCACUAAGCUGGUGGUGGAAACUGUGAGGGAGAGAGACGACACAGUGUUUACACAUCACAGCCAGACGCUGGAGACGGCAACUACAAAGGAGGACCAAAGGAAGAUCGAAGUCAUCGAUUGGCUGCUGUUUGACCCCGCCCAUCGAGCCGAAGCCCUUAAACAGUCCAACGCCAUCAUGAGGAAGUUUCUGGCUUUGCAGAAACACGAUGCAGCGAAGGCCGUGUUCUCUAAAGUUCCAGAGGACUCGAUGAAGGAGAUCUGUUGCCAGUGGGCGGGCAUCGGUCAGGCCACCUUACCCGCCGAGGAUGAGAACGCCAUCAGAGAACACUUGUGUAUCAGAGCCUACCUGGAAGCUCAUGAGGCGUUCACUGACUGGUUCACUCACAGCAGCUCCGCCCCCCAGAAGCCGGCACCAGUGCCAGAGGCCAAAUUCACAGAGAGGGUCGCCAAUGAGAUGAGAGAGAAGGAGUACGAGUCGUCUUUCUCCUCCUGGUCCUGUCGCCUGGACGUCCUGACUGAAGACGUGAAAGAAAGAAUCUACAAUGUGCUGCUGUUCGUCGAUGGAGGAUGGAUGGUUGACAACAGACAGGAUUCAGAGCAGGACUCGGAACGCAGUCACCAGAUGGUGGUGUUGCGUUCUCUGUGUCUUCCUCGUCUCAGCUUCCUGUUGCUCAGCGUGCUGCAGAACUCCACCAGACACCAGGAGGCGCUGCGUCUAGCUGACAUCAUCUCGUCUGACCAGCACCGUCUCUACCAGGUCUUCUCCAAAGAGGAGCUGAGGAGGUUCCUGCAGAAGCUGAGGGAGUCGUCUCUCUCUCUGUUGGACCGAGGACUGGACCCGCUGGGCUACGAGUUACAGCCAUCAACUUAAUACACAUACACAUACACACACACACACUCACACAGUUUGAAUUGUUGUCUUUUUGAGCUCUGUUCAUCUUGUUUUUGCAAAAUAAAAGCCUGUUUCUUG